GAUUGAUUAAUAAGAGGGUACGUACCUGGGAUUGAUUCAGUGAGCCAGCUAAUUCCAUGGGUACCGGCAAGUCACCCCUAUGCUAUCUAAGUUUGUCUCUCUUCUCAGCCCUACUCCUGAUUCUUCUAGCCACACUAGCAUCCGGGACCGGGCUCCAAACCCCGAAUUUCCACGGUUUGUCAUUCCGAGAAAUCACCGUGCAGCAAAUCCAGGUCGGUUUCAAGCGAAACCAAUUCACCUCCAGGGGACUCGUUGAGUUCUACCUUAAAGAAAUCAGCAGAAUCAACCCCGUUCUUAAGGGUGUCUUAGAGGUGAACCCAGACGCACGGUCCCAAGCUGAUAAGGCUGACCACGAGCGCUAUACUAAAGCACCCAUUUCACUCUCUCCGCUGCACGGUGUUCCAAUUCUGAUCAAAGACAACAUUGCAACCAAGGAUAAGAUGAACACCACGGCUGGCUCGUACGCAUUGCUCGGCUCGGUUGUGCCACGGGACGCCGGCGUGGUGACCAAGUUGAGAAAAGCUGGGGCUAUUAUAUUGGGGAAGGCCAGCUUGAGCGAGUGGUCUCAUUUCAGAUCGAAUAAUGCACCCAGUGGUUGGAGCGGCAGAGGUGGCCAAGGGAAGAAUCCCUAUACAGGGGAUGACCCUUGUGGAUCAAGCAGUGGAUCAGCAAUAUCCGUCGCAGCAAAUAUGGUAGCAGUGUCGAUAGGGACCGAGACUGAUGGCUCUAUUUUAUGUCCGUCCAACAAUAACUUGGUGGUGGGCUUCAAACCGACGGUUGGUCUCACUAGUAGAGCAGGAGUCAUACCAAUAUCCCCAAGACAGGACAGCGUGGGGCCCAUUUGCAGGACAGUGUCAGAUGCUGUUUAUGUUCUUGAUAUCAUCGCAGGCAUUGACUACAAUGACAAGGUGACAAUUAAAACAUCACGGUACAUUCCGAAAGGUGGCUAUGCACAAUUUCUCAAGGCUGACGGGCUCCGAGGAAAGAGACUGGGGAUAGUGAGAAAUCCCUUCUAUCUUGGGAUCGGCAAUGAUACUACAGCAAUUGUUGAAAAACAUAUCAACACUUUGAGGAAGCGAGGUGCAGUGCUGUUAGACAAUCUGGAAAUACCCGAUCUUGCCGCCUAUGACAUUUCCGGGAGCGCUGAAACCAUUGCAUUGUUGGCUGAGUUCAGAAUAUCCUUGAAUGAAUACCUAAAGGAGCUAGUGGCUUCCCCAGUGCGUUCCUUGGCUGAUGCAAUUGCCUUCAACAAGAAAAACCCAAAAUUGGAGAAGCUUGAAUAUGGGCAAGAAUUUUUUAUAAACGCAGAAGCAACGAAAGGGAUUAGGAAAGCAGAGAAAGAAGCAUUAUCAUUUAUGGAAAGACUGAAUAGAGAAGGUUUCGAGAAGUUGAUGAUAAAGAAUAAGCUAGAUGCCUUAGUGACUCCUACGAAUAGCGUUUCCCGCAUCCUUGCAAUUGGGGGUUUCCCAGGAGUAAUUGUCCCCGCAGGAUUUCGCUCUGAUGGCCAUCCUUUUGGCCUUGUUUUUGGAGGACUAAAGGGUUCGGAGCCAAAGCUGAUUGAGAUCGCAUAUGGCUUUGAACAAGCGACAAAGAUCCGGAAGCCUCCUAAACUUUAAGGCCAUGUAACAGCUAGCAUUUAAUUCUAUGCUUCACCCUUUGUAUGAAUAUCAGCAAAAUCAUGAAGUUGUUAUCGAUAUUUUGCAAGAAUAAAAAUAAAAAAUGAUAUUAAACUUAAAUGAA